AUGGCAUCCUAUCCACUCAGUGGGGUGGAUUUUGACAGGAUUCUGAGGGAAGUGGAUGAUCCCCCAACCGAGGAAAGUGGCGCUAGCUUGUUAUUCGACCCCUUUCCUGAUCCCUUUCGAGAUAGGCAUGGCGAACUUGACCCAGAUACCGAGCCAGAUGUCCGCUCUGACCAGGCCUCGGACAAUGGAAGCAAUUCGACCCCUUGGUCUACCGACCGAUCUCGACGACGUGGAAGUCAUAAUGCACUCGGAUUGGCUAGCUAUAACUCUAGCGAUUCUGGCGCGGACACCAGAGAGGACUGGGAUGAUCACAAGUUCAUUGAUGCGAUGCUAUUACUGUUAGGUUAUCCAUUCGAAAGUGAUCAUGAUCUCAACACAAUCAUCGGCGAUGCGGUAGAGUCUUUCAAUAGCCUAGAAGACAACGCUUCCAAAGACCAGUCUUACGAACUCGUACUACUAAUUCUUACACAUAUGUGA